AUGUUACAAAAUCAGAGUCCUCUGAGAGGUUUCUUCUGUUCUUCUAUUUGUGAAGUCCAGUAUGGAAACCAGAUUAUCAAUGUUCAUCAGUACAAUCCCAAUACUAGAGAACAUGCCAGAAAGAGCACUUUAGCAUGUGCUUUAAGUCGAGGCUUGCACUCCAGAGGAAAGUUGACCUACAUUCUUGAUGGUGAUAAUGUUCGUCAUGGUCUAAAUGGUGAUCUUAGUUCAAGCAGAGGACCGUGCAGAAAAUAUACGAAGGAUGGUGGAUGUGGUGUUAUUUGCAUUGCUAGUUUAAUAUCUCCAUAUAGAAAGGACCGAGAUGCCUGCCGUGCACUGUUGCCAGAAGGAGAAUUCAUUGAGGUGUUUAUGGAUGUGCCUCUCAAAGUAUGUGAGGCAAGGGACCCUAAGGGCUUGUACAAGCUUGCACGAGCUGGACAAAUUGAAGGCUUUACAGGAAUUGAUGAUCCGUAUGAGCCACCCUUGAAUGCUGAGAUAGUGCUAAAACAAAAAGGGAAGGUUAGUGAUUCCCCUGAUGAUAUGGCUGAAAUAGUCCAUAUCUUACUUGGAGGAGAAUGGUUAUCUCCGCCCCUGAUUUGUGAAGUGCCUCGAAUUCCUGGCUGGGAACCUGCGUCUACCGACAACAAUAUGCUUGCAAAAUAG